AUGGACGAGCUAGGCUGCUGCCGAUGCGUGAGCAUUUGUGAGGAAAUGAAUGCGAAGCACCGGAAGACGAUGGAAGACACGGUUCGCGUCGUGGACGGAUUCUUGCAACAUCGCAAGAACGGCUACUUCGCCAUUCAUGACGGGCAUGGAGGUCGUUCGGUAUCGACGUACCUGCAACGUAUUCUGCACGAGAACAUUGCCAAUGAGCUACAACAUGCGGACGACGACAGUACAGUGGAGCAGCGGCUCGAGCGGGGCUUCUUUAUCUCAGACAUGGAGUGCUGUCAGUCGUUCUCGGGGUCAGUUGGCGCUACGGUAGUGACUGCAAUACUUCUGGAGGAGGAGGAUGUCAAAACUCUUUACGUCGCAAACGUCGGUGACAGCCGUGCAGUCAUUAGUUGCAAUGGAAAAGCAGUUAGACUCUCCAAGGAUCACAAGGCUAGCGAUCACGUUGAGAAUGAGCGGAUUAUCCAACAGGGUGGCUUCGUCAUUCAAGAUCGAGUGUCCGGCAUCCUUGCGGUCUCCCGGAGCUUUGGGGACAGGGAUCUGAAGCAGUUCGUCGUCGCGAAACCUCACACAAGCGCGACACGUCUAACGCCAGCGGCAGACUAUCCGUUCUUCGUGUUGGGAUGCGAUGGCGUCUGGGAUGUCCUUAGUGACCAAGAGGUUGUGGACAUGAUGGGAUCCAUCCCUGUCGCCGAGCAGUCUCGUGCAGCCCAAAUUCUUGUCCAGGAGGCUUUGGCAAGAGGAAGCGGCGAUAACGUUACAGCAAUCGUGAUAAUAGACAACGCUUCUCGAACCGUCGCAGCACGUACGACCAGGAUACGAAAAAUGGCACCCUUGACGUGGGAGGAGAGCGGUUGUAUUCUCAAGCAGGCUUCUCGUUCUGAUGACAAACGUACGUUGCGAGUUCUGCUGCUGAAGAUCCUUUCAUGCCUUCAAGAGUUUCGACAAACGAUCAAUGUCGUGUUUCUUGAGAGCGAUCAUGAACGAACGGAUCAACAAGAGUUUUGCUGUUCUGUCGAUGUCAUUGAGGAGAAACUAGAACAUAUCGCGGAACUGCUGGUUGCUACUCAAACCCGCACUCGAAGCAAAAUCCCAACGAUCAAAAGCAUCCAGCAAGAAUGUUUUCGAAGAGUUCAAGACGAGCUUGCUGCAGUUGUUCAAAUGAACGAAAUUUUGGCAAGCCAUAAUUUAUUGUUCGUCGACUCUACUAACAAGGAGCGUCUCAAACUACUAGUGACGAGGUUGAGACAGCAAGAGCAGCAGCUUGAGUUCCACCAUGGACUUCUGAAAGCCCAGCGGCAGUCGUCGGAUUCUGACACCGGCUAUUCUGAAGAAAACUUUGCCUAUGGUAGCACCCCGUUCCCAACGUGGCUGAACCUUUUCACCCAAAAACCAGUGCUGGAUGUAAUCGAACGUGAUUCAAAACAGGCGACACUUACUGUCUUCGGCUCGUCAUCGGGGUCUCUCGUAUUCUUCGCAGCUCUCGCACUUGGCCUCCGUUCUGCGGGCGUCGAAAUCCUCGAAUUCCUGCACGAUUUGGCCGAGCAAACACGAAAAGAUCUACAAAUUCCCAAGACCAAAUGCUGUUUCAAAUGCGCUGACAUGCUCACUGUAUCGGUACAGGAGACGUCGAUAUUACUCCUCACGUCACAGUGCUGGGAUGCAACACUGUACCAGCAGGUCCAGCACAAAUUGGAGGCAGAACUGCAGCCUGGAACGCUUGUCAUCGAUUACAAGGACACCCUGCAAAGCUCAACACACUUUCAAUUACUGCACCAGUUGCCUCACCAGCGCGUGUCCUGGAACAGCUCGCAAUCUUUCUUCAUCUUUCAACGCGUCUUGCAGUAG